AAUACAAGAUGGCUGCCUCCAUCAAGACAAAUCGCAAGAGGAAAGCUGUAGCGAAAAGCAAGAAAAAGGGAUGGAAGAAAGUCGAUAUAUCCGAGUUGGAAGAUUUUCUAGAAGAUGAGAGGUUACAAGAAAGGACUGGUGGCCUUGUAGCUGACAAAACAGAUGACAGUCUGUUCUUCGUGGACAAAACUGUGAAAGAAAAGCCUGAAAAGGAAGCUGAUGACGAAGAUCAAAAAGGUGCUGUUCAAGUUCCUCUGAGGAAAAGCCAACGGAAAAAUAGGUCACUUAGAUGUUUUUCUAACCUUGAACCUGACCCACACACUAAACCAGCUCAUAUACCUCACAACAUCCGGACCACUCCGAGGCUGUCUAAGCAGGAGAGGGAGAGGUUGGCCAAGAAGAAGCCGACAGCCAAGGAACUGCAGGCCCAGAAACAGAGCAAGGAGGCCAGAGAAGAGAGGAUUAAAAAAACCAGAGUUGGCAGGUGGAACUUGAAAGUGAAUGCAAACUUGUGGGAUGACCAGCCAGCUGACCAGGAUGAGGAUGGAGAUGACCACUACCUACUGGUCACCAAGAAGAGGAGAGUUAAUGUGCCGUCUUACUACCACAAGAAGACAUCCAGUCUGCCAGCAGUAGAGAUGCCCCACCCUGGCGCCUCCUACAACCCAGCUUAUGACGACCAUCAGGAUCUGCUGUGGAAGGCCCACGAGGUGGAGGUGAAGAAGGAGAAAGCCAUACAGAAGCUAUUCAAUGCCCUGGAUGCCAAGUUUCCAUCCAAAGAUGAUGCACCAACACAGCAAACAUGGCUGGAAGAGAUGUCUGCAGGGCUCCACACAGACCCCACCCGGGAGGAUGAGGUCGCUUUGCCUGCAGAGGACCUUGACAAGAUCUCAAUCAACCCCCCUGUCAGGAGGGAGGACCUCAAGACAAGAAAACAGCGGCGGAAAGAGAGGGAGAGAAGAAUUGAGGCGAAGAGGUUAGCCAGAGCUAAAGUGGUGAAGCAGAAGAAAAAUGAAUUCAACAGGCUGAAGUCCAUAAAGAAAGAAAUACGUAAGGAAGAAUUGGCUAUGGAAGAACGUGCCAAACGUAAAGAGGAAAUGCUUGAGAAGAAUAAGGACAAACCCAAGAAGCUUGGCAAAUACAAAUAUGAAGAUCCUGACGUUGACAUUCAGCUUAGUGAAGAACUGCCUGGAUCACUGAGGUUACUGAAGCCUGAAGGCUUCCUCAUCAAGGACAUGUUUCACAGUCUACAGAAGCGGAACAUCAUUGAGACAAGGGAGAAGGCUAAGAAACCAAAGAACAGGCGACCCAAAUUCUUUGAGAGGAAGUCACACCGAGAAAUUACAUAAAAAUGACAACAAAACGCCAAAGUCAGAGAAAUAACUCUUCCUUAUAUGUACAUGGAUGUGUAAAUAAAAUGACAUAUACAUACAAGAA